UGCUGAUAUGCCAUAUACUUUAUAGAUAUAAUAAGUAUUGUAAGAGUACUGCGAUAGUGCAAUAAUUAUUAUUGUUUGUGCAAGUCCAAAUAAUUACUGAGCUGUACUUACGCACUUUGACGGUCUGCACUCUGCCGAUUUCCUUUGCACGUUGUGUAGAAAUUACUAAUUAGAAAUCUUGUCAGUUGCGACUGGCUAUCCCGAUUCCCUGUCCGUAGUCGUGAAUGAUUUUGGAAAAUUUGGCGAUUCUUAACUACCGUACAGAUAUAUAAUUAUAUGUGUUGAUUUAAAAUGCCUUUAGCAAAAAGUAUACUUCAUCCAUCUGCUGUAGAAGAUUUACGUAGCCACAAAUUGAAGCGGCUUGUACCUCGUCCAAAUUCAUAUUUUAUGGAUAUCAAGUGCCCAGGUUGUUACAAGAUUAAAACCGUUUUUAGCCAUGUUCAAGAAAGAGUGAGAUGUGACGGUUGUCUAAUAGUACUUUGCAGACCAACUGGAGGCAAAGGAAAAUUGUCUGAUGGAUGUUCAUAUCGAAAGAAACACUAAGGAACUAUUUGUUUUAAAUUCAAAAUUAAUAUUAAAAUGAUUGAUAUUUUCAUAAUAAAAAUUAUAUUUUAUUAACA